AUGCUGGCGUUAGCGAGAGGGGGGAAGCCAGGGGCAGGCGAGAGCAGUGGUACCCAGGACCCUCUCCCUACAGAGGUGUUUCCACCUGGUUCACCUGGACCAUUGGAAAAUGUGAUAAUCUUAGCACCUGUUUGCAUUGCUGUUGUUACUCUCCUUGGGGUCUUCUUGGGAGUCUUACUUUCGCAGAGACAGAGGAAGCCAAUCUCUCACCGGCUUCCAUUCAUUCGCAUCCCAACAAGUGAAACACCUUGUCCUGAUGAUGAGAAAAUGAAGAUCCUCCUUGUCUACAACCCUGACAAUAGUGCAUUCUCCCAUCUUGUUUCUGCCUUUGUGCAGUUUCUCACAUCUUCUGGCCUUCAGGUGGAGAACUGCUGCUCUGAUGAAGGAGGGAAGGAGAUGACACCUGAGGAGUUGUUGAGAAUCUUGGGUGAUUUAAGUUGGUCCAUCCUCCUUGUGUCCUCCAUGGAAGCAAAGAUACAACAAGAAGCACUGCUGGAAGCACAGCUGGUGGAGAAUAUCUCUCAGUCACACUACAUGGUGUCCAAUUUCCGAUAUGUACUCUGGAACAUUCUUGACAACCCUGUUCUUCUCAAAGACUACACUCGGGUUUCCCUAGUCAGAUUCAGUGAAGUUACUGCUGACAAGGAUAGACUGAAUUUUGUGACACCUCUGAAGGAAUUCCUCGUUCCAUCACAUGUUGAUGACCUCCUGCAGAAGCUCCAAAGGGUUACAUCACAUGGGACAGAAAAUGAGGGACGUCACAACUGGAGCAAGGAGAUGUGGUGUCACUUUGAGGCCCUUUGUAUUCAAGCCAAGGCUGCUGCAGCUUUUAUGCAAAGGAACAAAGGCAUGGCCAGUGUCACUCCAGAAGGGUUUUCCAUGACACCAGCUGCAAGACUUGGAAGCAUUGUACCCAAUCAAGAAUACUUCAUUCAGGGCAGCAUUUUGGACAGCAACCGUGAUGUGUUGAUACACCGGUUGAAAGGACUUUGUGACAAUGUGGAUUCUGACACAGAGAACUUCCAUGAACAUGAAAUGAUCUUCACACUCCAAUUAGGGAAUAUGGUGCAACAACAUCUGACUUUGAGAGUCCGUCGAGCAUUGGACCAGGGCCUAGAUCCAUCCACAACGCCUUGGAUGCUUCGAUACUGUGGCACUACUGAGUAUGGAGAUGGAAAAUCACGGGUGACACCAGUGAGGAGCAGCAUUGAUGUUGCAUGCACAUGCAAUGUGGUUGAAUUUCUCAAUGAGCUUGGGUUCAAGCUUGACUUUGAGUACAUGCUCAAGGGGCAAGUCUUCCGGAAGGGUCGCAUGAAGAUUACCUUGUCCAAAAUUUUCAGAGAAACUCCAAAGACUCAGAGCUACUCUCAUAAACUAGGAUGCUUGGAUGUAGGGACAUGGAGAGACCAGUUGUGGCCAGACGACUGGACGUCGGUGACUCAGGACGGGAAGCUGUCGGCACAGUUUGAGCAUACGCUUCUUGUGACAGACGAUGGCUGCGACGUCCUCACCCGACGUCUCACUGAAGACGGCCUUCCUCACUUCAUGGCCAAGUUGUGA